AAUCCCCUCUGAUUUCAAUCAUCCCUUUCUUCACACAGCUGUAGCAGCUAGCUCUCUCUUUUUUUUUUUUUUCCUUGCUUCCGAGUUAUGCUCUGUCUUGGAUUUGCAGCAACAAUCUUCCAUGGAAGCAGAUAGGCAGAAACAGCUCUUCGACACCAUAGCUAGCUCCAACUAUUUCCUCUUCGGUUUCUACUGCUGGGAUUGGGAAUUCCUCACCGCUCUCCUUCUCUUCAGUUGCCCCGCCGCCACCACCAUCUGAACAAACCCCAUCCUCCCACCAUUUCCAUUUCUUUAGCUCUAGCUCUCUCAGAUUAAUUACAAGUACAGGAACCAAAACAGAGUUCCUCUCUCUUUUUAUAGAUUUUGAUUGUUCACAGAGUUUCCCCUCAAAAUUUUCGGGGAAUCUUGGUGGCGGUGGUGUUUUUUUAAAAUCGAGCGGAAAAUAUGGCUCAGAGAUCGGUGCCGGCGCCGUUUCUGACGAAGACGUUCCAGCUGGUCGAUGAUCCGGCGACCGACGAUGUGGUUUCGUGGAGCGAGACCGGCGCGACGUUCGUGGUGUGGAAGACGGCCGAUUUCGCCAAGGAUUUGCUCCCUAAUUACUUUAAGCACAACAAUUUCUCCAGCUUCGUCCGCCAGCUCAAUACUUACGUAGGGUUUCGGAAGAUCGUCCCGGACAAAUGGGAGUUCGCCAACGACAACUUCCAGCGCGGCCGCAAGGAGCUCCUCUCCGACAUCCGCCGCCGCAAAAACGUCACUCCGGCCCCACCGAAAGCCGGCGGAGAAGGCAACAGCAACAACGACGGCGGGGAGAACAACAACAACUCCUCGUCGCACUCCGGCGAGGACAUGGGGUCCAGCUCGACGUCGUCACCCGAUUCGAAGAAUCCGGGGUCGACGGUGGAGACUGCGGCGACGACGACGACGACGCAGUUCGCGGAGCUGUCCGGUGAGAACGAGAAGCUGAAGAAGGACAACGAGCUGCUGAGCUCGGAGCUGGCGCAGGCGAAGAAGCAGUGCGACGAGCUGAUCGCCUUCCUGACGGGUUACGUCAAGGUCGGGCCGGAGCAGAUCCACCGCAUCAUGCGGCAAGGGGAAGCUUGCUCCUGGUCCAGCAGCGAUGAAGUUGCGCUGGCGGCAGACGGCGGGCGUCGAGAUGAUGAUGAUGAAGAAAACUGGAAAUCGGAGGAAUGCGGAGAUAACGACGUUGGCGGAGACGAAGAGAGCGGCGGUGGCGGUCUGAAGCUGUUCGGGGUGCUGUUGAAGUGCAACGCGCCGAACAAGAAGAAGAGGGGGCGCUCCGGCGAAGAAAUUGGGUUCGGUGGUGCUGGGCCUCACGCCAAGGAAAUCAAGCUCUGCAACUGAAGGAAGAAUUGAGGGAAAUGAGCAAAUCUGGGUCGGGUGCUCGCGGUGGUUUCGGUGGGCCUAGCCCAUAUAUGAUCUGUAGUGUUUGGAAUGAAGGGUAACCAGGUAGAAAGGGUGAGAAAGAAAGAAGUGAAGAAGGGUCUAGAAUAAUAAAGGUGUUUUCCACUUUUUUUUUUUGUUUUUGAACUUUUAAUACUCUGUGUAGUAAAUUGUCAUAAAUAAGCAUUACAACACAUGGCAUCUAAUAAUGGAUCGUCAUGUUAUUACACUGAAAUUUACCAAUUUGUGUUAGCCUAAUAUGUAGCCUUCCUUUUUGUUGAAG